AUGUCCGCAGUAUCCCCGAUAUCACUGCAGAGUUCACGACCUCCUAUCAUACCCGAACCCUUCUCUGCAAACCAACCAAAGACUAUCAGAUUAUAUCCGCUAUCAAAUUAUACAUUUGGCACGAAGGAGACGCAACCCGAGGAAGACCCUUCAGUCCUGGCGCGUCUAAAGCGUUUAGAAGAACAUUACGAGCAGUAUGGAAUGCGCCGAACUUGCGAAGGUGUACUAGUGUGCCAUGAACAUAAUCAUCCACAUGUCCUCAUGCUACAGAUCGCAAAUGCUUUUUUCAAACUACCUGGUGAUUACCUACAGCAUUCAGAUGAUGAAAUCGAAGGAUUCAAGUCAAGGUUAAAUGAGAGACUUGCCCCUGUUGGAUCACAAUUCACCGGCGAAGGCGUCAACGAGGAUUGGGAAGUUGGCGACACUCUGGCACAAUGGUGGCGACCGAACUUCGAAACAUUUAUGUACCCGUUCCUGCCAGGGCAUGUUACCCGGCCCAAAGAGUGCAAGAAGCUAUAUUUCCUCCAGCUUCCAAAGAAGAAAGUUCUCUCAGUUCCAAAGAACAUGAAGCUACUAGCAGUCCCUCUCUUCGAGCUAUACGACAACACUGCCCGUUAUGGACCCCAGCUCUCUGCCAUUCCUCACCUAUUAUCCCGGUAUAACUUUGAGUUCGUUGACGAGGAUGAUAAUGUUGUGGCAGUUACGCCUGGCCAUCAAGCUGCCAACGGAGUACUUCCACGGAGCAAAGUAUUGGCUGGCGGAGAAGACACAACAACCAAUGGACAAGACAUCGGUAUGGAUGAAUUCGCUCCAGGAGACCAGGAAUAA